AAGAUGAUACUGACACCUCGUGAUCAAAUCCAAAACUUUUUGUGAAUUAAUCGUUGAUUUUUUUUUCUACGCGCUACGUCCUACGUCGUUGCAAAACACAAAUAAACGAAAUAUAAAGAUAAGCGAUCAGCUGCUGAGAGCUAUUCCGAAUGCCGGCUUUUAAAUUACUUCGAUUUUAAUUUCGUCUUGAAAAACACGGAAAUAACAUGGAGAAUCUAAAAAUCACGGAAACUAGUGUGGGCAAUCCAUCACAAAUUGAUGACAAUGAUCCAAGAAAUUUAUCGGAAAUAUUUGAAAAUGGAUUAUCACUUUUUACAAGCAUCUUGGAAACAACCGAACCCACCAACAGUUUUAAAGUUCAGUCUGACGUAAAGCGUGCCAUGACUUUACUGGAAGAUGCUACGAGAUUGGUUUCUGCAGCAGAUAUUUUCAGUAACAAUGAGACUGUCGAGGAAGUACCAACGGAGAAUUUGAAGUAUUUUAUGUUGCCCGUAUUAUUGGGCACAUUGGCAACAAAGGUCUGUAACGUCGACGAUCGCAUGCAUUUGGUGAAUGUGGCUCACGUUUAUUUCACGGAUUUUUUACAUCGAGCCAAAGCUUAUGGAAUCACAGACUAUGAAGUGCAAGACGAAGAAUGUGGCGAACUUGUAGCAAGUUCCGAUAAAAAACCAUCUUCCAAUGCAGAAGUGAUAACAAAAAUGGUGCAAAAUCGAGAAAACAAACUCGAAAGAUACCGUCAGCGGAAAGAAUUGGAAUCGCGUUUUAUAGUAUUGAAAGAGAGCAAAAACAAUCCGAACAUUGAUGAUGAAACUUUGAGAGAUUAUUUCAUCACUUGGCUCAAAUGCUACGUAAAUACAGCAAUUGACGAGCUCGACUCGUUGAAAACAGAAAAACAAGUUCUUGAAUACAUGAAAAAUUUGCCACCUGAUGACAUUCGUGAUGGAAACAAAAUUCACAAAUGUAAAGCCCCUGUAUCAAAAUUAAAACCAGUUAUUAUCACUCGAGAUGCUGCACAAAAAGCUGUUUUCGGAGCUGGAUAUCCCAGCCUUCCUGUUUUAACAGUGGAAGAAUUUUAUCAACAAAGAGUCAAAGAUGGAGAUUGGCCUGAUCCGUCAAAGCCUGGUACAAACACCAGUCAGUCUCUCCACAGUACUACGAGUUCUGCAUCUGGGCAUCCGGAAGAAGAUCGCGAAGCGAUUGAAAUCGAAGAAAAGAUCGAAAACGAUGAUCCUGAAUAUUUGGCUCAGAAACGCGGAAUGGACGAGUAUAAGGACUCUCAUCGACGUGGUUGGGGCAACAGGGCAAAUAGAAGUUGAAUGAAUUCUGCAUUAUGAAUAAUGCUUAAGUACCAUUUUAUGCAACAUACUAGAAUACUUUGUAUUUUUCCGGCACUGCGAUGUUGUAAAGUUGUUUGACGUCUUUCAAAUCUUGAGUGUAUUUUUUAAUUCCCUGGUUAAAUAAAUAAAAAUUCCCUCGCA